CCAGAGGUAUCAUAUGUUGUAUCGAAAUUGAACGCAUUGAGAAUGAUGCAGCGGGCAAGGCAUCAACAUUUGCCACCCACCCCUCACACUUUGGAGGAUGUGAGGGAGGUCUUAAGGGCCGACCCACGCCUCCAGAGAACAAGGGAUGGGGCUCAUCAAUUCUAUGUGGAUGAGGUAGCUGAAGGCAGCAUAGCAUUUGUAAGUCGCCGGACAGCAGAGUUUCUAUCGCAACAUCCAGCUCAAGCACAAGACAUGUUUAUCGAUGGGACAUUCAAAAUUGUGCCGAGGAAUCCAAGAGGAUUAAGACAAUUAUUGUCAGUACAUAUUAUUUUCAUGAGUGUGAUGUACCCGGUAGCCUUUUUUCUCCUCACGAAUGCCACAGCCGAAACCUACAGGGCAAUUUUAAAUUUUUUGAAGUUGAAUGUGGUAACAUGGGCUGUGGCACACGUAACAACAGAUUACGAGAGGGCUCUAAUACAAGGUGUGCGGAACGCAUUCCCUCAAACCGAAGCACAUGGCUGUUGGUUCCAUUACUGCCAGGCCAUCUGGAGGAGAGUGGUGGCUAUCGGGUUGAGGGCGGCGUGCCUGGCUGAUCAGGCAAACAUGAGUGUGGUAAGAAUGAUUAUGUCCAUUCCGCACCUCCCACCUCAACGGGGCGCCCCCAACAGCAAUGAUACGCCACCAUUUUCAAUGGCAGAUGGAGUCGAGGCGGUCCGAACGUUCAUCAACGAGGGGGGGGUUGAUGAUCGGCUACAUAUGGUGCUCGAAUACAUCACUCAAUUCUGGAUGAGGAGGAUUCCAGCAGGACAACUGACCACAUUUGCAAGGCCCCGGAGAACCAACAACUCCUUAGAGGGUUUUCAUUCAAAAUUGUUGUCCUUCUUCGGGCCUCACCCAAAUAUGUGGCAGUUCAUCAGGCAUCUUCAAGAAGUAGAAGCCGAAUAUUACGGCAAUCUGAGGCGGUCGGCUGAGGGCAUAGCAGUUCGCCGAAUGCGGAUUGGUAGGGCCAACAACAACACAACGGCCAUUCGAACAGCUCUGAGGCUCCUCAUCAACAGAGAGCUAUCUGUGAUUGACUUUUUGCGGAGGGUGUCGCAUCGAGCAGAUGCUUUGAUGCAAGUACUUGCGCACCCUUUGCAAAGGCGACCAGAUGAGCAGAUGGCUGAUGAGGAAGAAGAAUUGGCUGCUCCCCAGGAGCAGUUCAAUUUUGAACUUGGGGCUGAGGUCGUUGUGGAGAUGGGUCCACCAAUCCAGCAUGAACCUCAGCCGGCAGAGCCACUUCUAAACGAUCACGCACUUUAUGUAGCCCAGCCUCAACCGGCACAAAAUCUACCCGAGCCUCAACAGGCACAAAUACAACCACAGCCUCAACCAGCACCUAAUCCUCCGGCUCAAGCUCCGGGAAGAGGGCGAGGGCAAGGCCGAGGGCGAGGGCAAGGCCGAGGGCGAGGGCAAGGGCAAGGCCGAGGAAUAAGAACUUGCUCUAUUUGUUUAGUGCGGCGACCAUCACAUGCUGCUAUUCCAUGCGGGCACAAAUGUUUGUGUCCGCAAUGUGCAGCUGAUGAACGGCUGCGUAUAGAGCCAAUGCGUUGCCCCCUUUGCCGGGCAUUAAUGACGAAUAUUGUGAGAAUUUUUUAAUCAUGUCAAUAAUAUUGACUGAAAUUUACUUGUAAAUGUUUUAUUGGCAAUAAUAUAAAAUUACAUCUUAGAUAUACAUACGGUAAUAGAAGCAAUACAAGUUUUACAACAUGAGAAAAUACUAUUACAAAAUAAAAUGCAAUGCCAAUUGAGUAUUUGCAUCUCGAGGUACUAAACCUGUUUGAGAUGGUGAUAUAAAAUUGAUUACAAAACUAUAGCGCUAAAAUGUAGUUACUGAGGCCGACAGUCGCAUAUGAAGUGACACAUAUUACAUAACAGUAUCGAUGAUUUAUCAAUUUUAGCUUUGAAGUAUAUUGUACAAAAUUAUGAUAUACAAGUCUACAUGAGAAUUCUACAAAAAAGUAUCUAUAUAUUCUCACAUUCCAUUACAUAUCUCUUGACAUCUCUCAAAAACCUUCAUCGUAUCUUGCACUGCCUUAUCUCCAAGGGCAGCAGGUUUUAGAACUUUGGAGCCAAAUAAGAAACAAUUUCAUGAAGUGACUUUUAUUUGGUUUAGGUAUGCAAGCUUCGUAUUUAUUUCUCAAAUUAUUGUUUUUCAAAUUAAAAACCGCAUUGCCAUUAACGCUGCUAUCAAAGAAGUUCCUGAGCACUUUGUAGACAUAUAAUUUUUCAAUGGAAGUUUAGCUAAUUUUCUAAAGAGAGGUGCUGUGUGUUCCAACUUUGCCUUGAAGGAGAUAAUGCGAAUGAAAGAUUUCUCCUCCCCACAACGCCAGACCAUAUUCGAGUUUAGAAUUUAUCAAAGCAUAGUAUACAGACUUUAAUAGAAUGGAGCUACACACUGAUCUUAAGAGAUAGAAUACUCUUAUGUAUUUCAUGAGUUCCUGUUUCAAAUAGUUGAGAUGCUUUUUCCAUGUGACUUUAUUAUCUAGUACUAACCCCAAGUAUUUGAUUGCUUCGACUUGUUCAAGUUGGGGGCAAUCACAGAUAGUGGUUUUGGUACAAGAUAGGCUAUGAUACCUCAAUGGCGUUGAAAAACGGAUAUAUCUUGAAAUACUGAAGAUCAUGAAUUUUGUUUUGGGACUCAUUAUCAUAAAAUUGUUUGUAAACCACCAUCUCAGCCCUAUUAAAUCAUGCUGCAUGUCGGUGUGUAAUUUCUCUAAUGUUUUGGCCCGAUAGAAAAGAACCGUGUCAUCUGCAAAGGCAGUAAGUUCCCCCUUGAAUGACCCAUUGCAUAGUUCAUUUACGUAGAUGAGAAACAAUGGCCCCGAUAAGACGGAUCCCUUAGGAAUACCGAAUUCGACUGUUCCUACAUUACUGAGACUUUGAUUGACUUUAGUCUGUUGUGUUCUUCCGGACAAGUAUGAACGGAACCAGCUGAGUGCAACACCCCUAACUCCCGCUUCCUCCAUUCUUGAUAAAAGAAGAGAAUGAUCGACAGUAUCAUACGCUUUCAUAAUGUCGACUAAUAUUCCAGCACACAUGUCUCCAUCAUUGAGUGUCCCAUAUACUUUAGUCAUGAAGUCGAGCAAAGCUUUUCCAGUAUUUAAUCCCUCUCUGAAACCAUACUGGUUAUUACUAAAAAAAUUGUGUUUUGACAAAAAGUGAACUAAGCGGGCCUUGACAACCUUCUCUAGGAUUUUUGAAAACAGAGACAAAAGGGCGAUUGGGCGAUAAUUUGUGGGGUCAUUCUUGUCAGACUUCUUGUACAAAGGUUUUAUUAUAGUUUUUUUUUCAAUAUCUCGGGAAACAAACCAGAACUGCGAAACAGGUUAAAUAGGUAUACUGAAAUAUCUUUAAUACAGGAUAAAAUCCUGUAAUACAGGUAAACUUAGAAGUUUGUGUUUCAUAAACAAUUUACCAUGUAAAACAAUUUACAAGACAUUUGCUUGUAUUACAAGUAAAUGAUACAGGACUUUAUCAUAGUUGUGUUAAAAUGGAUGAAGGUAGUAGUUCUAGUAAAGAUGACUAUGUUAUUAUUCGUGGGUCAAGAAUUUUCAAGGACAGAAUUUCUUACAAUAUCAUGCAGGAAACUUAUGAAUAUAAUGAGCGGUUUAGAUUGAGCUUUUAUCAAUAAAGCGUUAUUGGAAAUAUUCAGAAAAUGUACGUCCAUAAUGUUUUAUGUUUUUUUUAUUAAACAAAUUUAAUUAAUGUCGUUAAUUUAAUUAUUGACAUUUGAUUUAACUUUUUUGAAACAUUACUUCUCACAUAGGCCUAACUGUUAUAAUAAGUUAUGUGAGUUAAAUAGUUAUUAUAAUUUCUCAACUAUUUAUCAUUAACAAAGUUAUUUUCCAGCAUGAAUGCAAUCUGUCCAUCGUCAGAAAUUUGAUAAUGUGGAUUUUCCACCAAAACGUUUUAAGUAGGUAGCACUUUGUUCAAAUAUUAUAUUAGGCUCGCUGGCCAAUGAAAUCAUUAAUUCAAAAUAAAGCAAUUGUAAUAUAGGCGAAUAUUACAGGUGAUUUUACAAGUGUAGCAUUAUUUUUAUGAGACAUAAUUUUACAGGAUUGUAAAUUUUAAUUUAUAAGUCCUAUAAUACAGGCCCUGUAUUACAAGGGUUUUAUAAAACAGGACCCAGGAGCUUUUCGAUUGCUGACUGAAUUUACUAUAUUUCUAAUCUCUUGGACUGAUGUUGGGUGGAAAAAAAUGCUAUUGCUUGUUAAAGUUUUCAUAAAAAUUUCGGAGUUUGUGUUAUUAUUUUGAGGUUGAGAAGGAAUAUCUAACAUUAUCUCAUCUCUAAGACCUCCAGCUAUUCUACAAAAAAAAUAUUAAAUAUGUUAAAGGUUGAUUCUGGAUCGUCAACAAUAUUGUUCCAUUUCAGUCUUUCAAUGAAAUAUUCUGAAUGUGAUUAUUCUCAUUUCCAAUUACAUGAUUUAUUUUAUGCAUUCAUUGUUAAUAAUAUUUAAUGUUUAUAUUUUAUACAUAGAUUCUACUUUACUGGUAAUGCAUUUAAGAGGUUUGGAGAUGAUUUAUUUUAGAAUAACAUUUUACUUGAAUGGUCAUGCAGUUCUAAGGCUUGGAAGAGAUAAGUGAUUGUCUAGACUUUGAUUAUUGUAAAUUCUCUUAUUUUUACUAGUAAUGACAAUAAUUAUUAAAUAUUGAAACAAGGUAGUUCAACUAUAAAUCAUGUUAUUCCUUUUGAGGGUCGUUUGCACACUGCGUGAGUUUUUUAACGAAAUUUCAUUUCCAACUCAAUUAGAAAAUAUACAUAUCAAGUUUAGUUUGUUAUAAAUAGGUUGAUUAUGUCAAUUAGGUUCAUAUUUAGACAAUUAUAUUUAUCAAAUUUAUUCUCAAAAUUAGUUUGAGCUUCUUUUGUGCAAACAGCCUUGCAAAUUCUCUUAUUGUUCUUAUGUAAUAGGUAACUAUAAUUAAAAAAAAAUUAAAACCAUGUAGAUUAACAGUAACUCAUUAAUUCAAAGGUGUGAAUAAAUAGGAAUAAUUAACUCAACUUUGUUUAAUUUAUUAUAAAUAGGUUCUUGUUUAGUUAAAUUUUUAAUUGUGCAAACAAUCUUAUACUAUUUAUAAGGUUAUAGUUAUAAGGCUACUUAUAGUUAUAAGGUUAACCAAAUGAAUUUGAAACAUAUUGUACAAUAAAUGAAUAAAUAUAAAUAAAGCCCUACAAGAUUAAUCUUACCUUUUCUUCUUCUGUAGUACGAUCAGUAACAUUAUUGUGACAUUCAGCUUUCAACAUCUUGUUUAAUAAACUACCGUAAGGGAGAAAAGUAAUCAUGUAUAUGAUAAAUUAUUUAUUCAAAUUCCUGUAGUUGAUAAAGAUUAAAUUACUAUUGUUCACGAUUACACAACACUCAACUUUUGAAACUUUCAACUAAACUUUGAAUGAUUUCUAAAUAACCUAACUGUACAACUUUAUAAAAUACUUCUCAAUUACAAAGAGCAACGUGUAUACAAAUAUAGAAUUUAAGACAAAGUAUCCUGAUUUCAACACAGUUACAAAUAUAUUUCUUUGUUUAGACUCAUCAGUUAGAAAGUAUUACCGCUAAAGUAAAAUUCUAAACCGAUAUCAAUUUAACCGCUCAAAUAACAAAUAACCUACAAAA